GUCCUGUGCUCGAUUCUCCGGACGGCGGGACCGUUUCUAUAGAGACUAACGGUGCGACCACCACCGCGUAUUACACGUGCGACGCUGGGUAUGCUCUGUAUGGUGAUCCGGAGAGAAUUUGUCAGGGAAAUAACACGUGGACGGGACAGCCCCCUACUUGCAAAUGUGAAGCACCUAGUGACCCGGAUCACGGAUCUGCCAGCGUUUCAGCAGACGGCAGCACAGUAACAUACACGUGCGACAUAGGCUAUGUUCUCACAGGCAAUCAGUAUAGAUGGUGUCAAACGGACGGCAACGCUUGGAACGGAACUGACCCAAUUUGUGAAACGUGCACAGUUCUAGGUGAUCUUACCAAUGGUAAUGUAACUUUGAUGCAGGAAAGUUACACUACAGCCGCCAUAUUUGCGUGUGACGUAGGAUACAGUCUUCUAGGGGCCAACAAUGUCACAUGUCAAACCGAUGGCACUUGGAGUGACGUAAUGCCAACAUGCGUUGCUUGCCAAUCCCUUACCAGUCCCUCACUUGGAAAUAUAACUCUAUCGACUGAUGGCAUGAAUACGUAUGCACAGUUUGCAUGUACAGACGGAUACAAGGUGUUGGGAGAUGACCUGCUCUCUUGUUUGACAAAUAGUUCUUGGGAUUCUGUGGAACCGACUUGUAUAUGUGAAGAUCCGGAGGCACCAGCCUUUGGCCAGGUUACGGUGGACGACACAGGAAUGCUUGCUUCUUACACGUGUGAUGUUGGGUAUACAAUGGAUGGAGAAAGAACACGUGACUGUCAGUUAGACAGUACUUCCUGGACCGGAGACGUUCCAUCAUGUGUAACAUGUACAGAUGUGCCUUCUUCUGGCGCCAAUAUCACACUUUCUACAAAUGGAACGCAAACAACUGCAAGUUUUAGUUGUCUCCCUGGAUACACUAUGAUAGGGGAGGUAACUUCUGAAUGUAGUACAACUGGGAUAUGGACACCAACAGCAGCAACUUGUGUGUCAUGUGAUGCGCUGAUAUCACCGGCUAGUGGCAAUGUGUCAGUAACCAGCAAUGGAACAGUAUCUGUAGCAGAGUACACAUGCAAUAGUGGGUACACGCUAAGUGGAGUUGCAACAAGAACCUGCCAAGAGGAUGGGUCUUGGGACGGCCAAGCUGCUCAGUGUGACUGUGAGGAGCUUACAGAUCCAGUAAAUGGAAACUUGACAAUGAUUGGCCAGACAGCUUAUUACGCAUGCGCAGUGAAUUACACACUUAGCGGAGAAUUUCAGUUGGUUUGCCAAGAAGAUGGAACUGGUUGGAGCAAUACUCCACCUACAUGUGCGGAGUGUCAGUCUUUACAAGAUAUUAAUGAUGGGAGCAUCACAUUUACAAGUGUAUCAGGCUUGAACACUACUGCGCAACACGCAUGUGACAUCGGUUAUACUCUUGUGGGUUUCACAUCACGCACAUGCAAUGCAGAUGGAACUUGGGAUGGUUCUGCACCUUAUUGUCAACUGUGCGACGUAAUACAGUCUCCAAACGAUGGGGCGGUCACUUUGACAACUAAUGGUUCACAGACGAUAGCCACAUUUACUUGCGAUGUUGGGUAUACCGUCAAUGACGUAACAAUCGUGACGUCAGAAUGUGACCAGAGUGGUGUGUGGGAGUCAACAAAUGUAGAAUGCAUAUCUUGUGAGCAGCUUACGAAUAUAUCAAGCGGAGCUACGUUAGUGUCGUCAAAUGGAACAUUUACAACAGCAUCAUACUCGUGUGUGUCCGGGUACGAUCUUGUUGGAGUCAGCACGAGGACUUGUCUUAGCACUGGCACAUGGUCCGAUACCGAGCCACGCUGCAAAUGCGAAACACCAGAUUCAAUACCAAAUGGUUCGGUGGCUGUAUCUUUCGAUGGAAUGAAGGCAUUUUACACGUGUGAUAGUGGCUACAGUAUGAAUGGCGUGUCAAACAUCACGUGUCAAGAGGACGGUUCGGGAUGGGAUUAUGCUUCACCAUCUUGUGUCAAGUGUGAAACAUUGACAACCCCAGACAGCGGCACUAUGACAUUGAGUUUCACUGAGACAAGUACACAAGCUUUGCUCUCAUGUGUUUCUGGUUAUUACCUUAAUGGUCAAAACCUGUUGACCUGCGGUCAGAACGGAACAUGGGACUACGAAACCCCUGUCUGUGUUUGUGAGAUACCAGCAUCACCAGCAAAUGGUAACAUAUCAGUUUCCGUUGAAGGCUUUACCAUAACUUAUAGUUGUGACAUUGGUCAUUCCUUAAAUGGAGCUGCAACAAGAACUUGUCAGAACGCUGGCCAAUCAUGGAGUGGAUCUGCACCAUCUUGUGUAUCAUGUGAUACUGUGCCAAGUCUUUUGGAUGGAAACAUAGAAUAUUCCAGUAACGGAACCGUUACGGAACUUUCGUAUAGUUGUAACGUAGGUUACACUUUGUACAGCGUUACUGGAGAAACAUCAGCAACAUGUGAUGAUGACGGAACAUGGAACACAGCGAUUGUCUCUUGUGUUGAGUGUGACACCCUGUCAAGUCCCAGCAGUGGCUCUCUUUUACUAUCUACUGACGGAUUAACAACAUCAGCAUAUUUUGAUUGCGCAACAGAUUAUUAUAUGGUCGGAGAAAACAGCUCGGUUUGUGACACUUCCGGUGUUUGGACAACUUCUGCACCGUCGUGUUUGUGUGUAUUACCAACUGUACCAACGAAUGGUGCGAUGACAUUGUCUGAUGAUAACUUAACGUUGACCUUAGCGUGUGAUGUUGGAUAUAUCCUCAGUGUUUCGGCAGUCCGAACAUGUAGCACAGAUGGAACCGGGUGGUCGGGAGUUCAACCAACUUGUGGUAUAUAA